GCAGCAUGUGGCAAUGGGACGCCGGGCUAUCGCGUCUGUGGACUAUGUAUGAGUGUGCUUAAAAUCUCAGGCAUGCGCAGCAGUGAGCCACUGAUCGUAAUACGCUCUGAAUCAUCCUAUGAUGAAGAGUAUGACAAUCGUGGUGGUGGGUGGAGGUGUGGUUGGCUUCUCCACAGCUGUGUGCAUCGCUGAGGCCCUCCCCUACUGCUCUGUGACCCUCAUAGCUGACAGGUUUACCCCAGACACCACCAGCGACGUGGCUGCUGGGAUCCUGAUUUGCUCACCAUUCCCAGAUAUCCCUCUGGAACAGCAGCAGAGGUGGUUCAAGGAGACGAUUGAUCACCUGCUGGCUAUUGCCCAAUCAGAACAGGCAUCAGAGGCUGGGGUGUUGCUCAGCUCAGGAUGGCAAAUAUACAAGGAGCUCCCUGUGGAUAAGGUGCCAUUCUGGUCUGCAUUUGUGCUGGGUUUCCGAAUCAUGACAGACCGUGAACUGAAACGGUUUCCUGAUCACAAGUUUGGCCAGGCGUUCACCACAGUGAAAUGUGAAUGUUCCAACUACCUGCCAUGGAUGGAGAAGAGGUUUAGAAAAGCAGGAGGCCAGGUUGUGAAGCAGAAAGUAAACGACCUCGAGGAACUAAGCAGCCAGGGAUACGACGUCAUCGUCAACUGCUCCGGUCUGGGCGCCAAGUCUCUAGUAGGGGACUCUCAGGUCUUCCCUGUCAGGGGGCAGGUCCUCAAAGUCCAGGCCCCUUGGCUCCAACACUUCAUCCGGGAUGGGGAAGGGCAGUCAUAUAUCUACCCAGGGAUGCACAGCGUGACAGUGGGCGGCACCAGGCAGGUGGACGACUGGCGCCUGGAGGUUGACCCAAAGGACAGCCAGGACAUCCUGGAGCGCUGUAGCAGCCUGGAGCCGUCCCUGAGCAGGGCCAGGGUCCUGGGGGAGUCUGUGGGGCUGAGACCCAGUAGGAAGAACGUCCGGGUGGAGAGAGAGAUUGUCCUCCUGGGGAACCGACAAGUACCGGUGGUGCAUAACUACGGCCAUGGGGGCUGGGGGGUCACUCUGAGCUGGGGCACAGCCCUGGAAGCACUGGGGCUGGUCAGGAAGUGUCUCCAUGAGAGGCCCCCCAGGGCCAGGCUGUGAACACUACACAGAUACUCUGCCAUAUAAAUAAUUUCUGAAUAACUUUGAUAUAAUUACUUGAUCUGCACUGUUUUUUCACACAAUUAGUGAUACCUGCUGCCAUUGCACAUUAAUGAAAUUAAAGAAAGCAAUGCAAUUUUG